AUGUCUCUUGCUCGUGCGCCAAAAUUCGAUUCACGUGACCCUCGCGGCGCAAAGGCUGGUGAUGCAUUUGAGGGCACGUUGAUUAGGAAGCAUACCUACGAAUCCUUGGACCGAAAAGCAUCGAAUCGGUCCUGGGAGAAGUUGUUAGCGGUGCUGCGUAAUAACGAACUCACGUUCUAUAAAGAUUCGAAACAUAAGGAAGAGGGGACUUCAUUCCACAAUGAACCAGCUGUCAGCUUACCGGGAUGUUCGGUAAAUGUUGCCCAAGAUUAUCAAAAGAAGAAGAACGUGUUAUCACUUCGUAUGCCUAUAGGAGCGGAAUACUUACUUCAAUGCGCUAGUGAGGAAGACUGUCAACGAUGGCUGACCGAACUACAAAUAGCAACUGGUCAGACACAGCUGGAAGAAGGAUCUCGGUCACAAACACUGCCUGAAGGAGCCCAAGCAAAAGCGAAGAAGAGUGGAUUCUUUUCACGAAGCAAAAAAUAG